AGCUCCCAGGAAUAUCCAGAGGCUGAGGCCACCAUGGCAGAACUGCAGGUGGACACCCAGGCCAGCGUAGACUGGCAGAAGCGCUGCCUGACCCUGGAAACACAGCUUUUCCGAUUCCGCCUCCAGGCCGGCAAGAUCAGGGAGCUGCUGGCUGACAAGAUGCAGGAACUGGAGCAGAGGCUGCUGGAGGCUGAGGAGCGAGCGGAGAAAGCAGAGACCCAGGUGGGAGUCAUGGAAGAGAAAGUGAAACUGUCCAACCUCAGGAACGUGGACUCUGCAGGCAGCCUGCACCGCAAAUACCAAGAAUUGCUGAAAGCCAUGCAGGGCAAAGUGGAGCUCAUCAGCCAGCUGGAGGCACAGCUGGAGAAGGAGAAGCAGAUGAGAGCCGAGGAAGCAAAAACUGUUCAAAAAAAAGCUGCCAAGAUCAAGGAGUGGGUGGCGCUAAAGUUAACCGAGCUUGAGAUGGAGAAUCAGCACCUGAAAAGCUGUAAUCAGCACCUGAUGGAGCAGGUGGGCGCCCUUCAGGCUGCGCUAGAAGCCCUGCAGGUGGUGCCCCGGGGAAAGCUGCUAGCAACCCCUGAGGGAGCCCCAGAGCUGGAAUCUGUGCCUGCAGAGCCAGGGGCCCAGCCUGUGGGGCAGGACAGUGGUUCCCAGGCCCUGGAUUUGAAAGUGGCUGUUCCUGCACCUUCUCUGGAUGCUGCUGAGAGCAGAGGCUUUCUGUCUGAAGCCAGAAGCCCCGUGGAAGGUUCUAGCUCCAGCACAUUCCAUCCUGGGGAAACAGCGGAGGCCAAGGUGCUUCAGCCUCAUGUGGAAAGCAAGCACUUUCCCAGCCAGCUGUGCACGAAGCCCGGCGCCUCCAGACGUGGCUCGGCCUCCUGGGGGACGGGCCUGGCCGCUGCACAGGAGAGGGUGCUCCCUGGCCUCAAAGCCUCUUCCGGGGAAGGUGGCCCAGGCAGCAGCUUGACCCUUCCAAAGGUGCGGGCUCCAGGCUCUCCCCAGGGUAGCAUCCAGGCGGCCAGAAGGCACCACAGCCAGCCCCACGUCGGACCCGGGCACUUGGAGGAUGUGGUGAAUGUCGAGACCGGCGCCCUGUCGACCCUCCACCCGCCUGGCCACUUGAAGCUGGAGACCUGUGCUGACUUCCAGGAAGAACCGGAGAAGAUGGAAAUGGAGGAGCUGCUUCCGGCAAGGAAGGAGGGGGAGAGGGAGAGCCUGAAGGCACCCAGCACUAAGCUGGAGGAAGUGAAGCUGGGGAGCAAACCACCCACACCACCCCUGCACAGGUUUCCAUCCUGGGAGAGCCGCAUCUACGCCGUGGCGACGUCGGGCAUGCAGGUGUCAGACGAGUCUCCCCGCAGCGGGGCCGCGGGCUGUGCCUCCGGCCCGCCUGCCCUGGUGUGCCCUGGGCCUUUCUCCGGCCUUGUCUGCAAGAACGUCAGCGUGCCCGUCUACGCAGCACUGCAGGGGAAGGCCACACAGAUCAGCAGUGUGCCCUUCGUGGACGAGUCCUCUGGCUCUGACGACGACUGCAGCUCUCAGGCGAGUUUCCGGAUGUCGGUCCCCUGCUUGGAGUGCAGGAAGACCAGCGGACUGGGCAGCCCCCGGGCCAUCAAGAGAGGGGUCUCCAUGUCCUCGCUGAGCUCCGAGGGUGACUACGCCAUUCCCCCGGACGCCUGCUCGCUGGACAGCGACUACUCAGAGCCUGAGCACAAAAUGCAGCGCACCUCCUGCUACUCGGCGGAGGGGCUGGGCCUGGGCGCGGACUCCCUGGAGAAGUCGGGUUACCUGCUGAAGAUGGGGAGCCGCGUGAAGACGUGGAAGAGGCGCUGGUUUGUCCUGAGGCAGGGACAGAUUAUGUACUACAAGUCCCCGAAUGAUGUUAUCCUGAAACCUCAAGGUCAGGUGGACCUGAACUGUCAUUGCCAAGUUGUUCGAGGGGAGGGUGCACAGACGUUCCAGCUCAUCUCUGAGAAGAAAACCUACUACCUGAUGGCCGACUCGCCCAGCCUGCUGGAGGAGUGGAUCCGGGCCCUGCAGAGCCUGCUGAAGGUGCAGGCCACGGGGCCGCCGGCCUUGCCUCAAGGGGGCACCAAGCCUGCUGUGAAGGGCUGGCUGACAAAGGUGAAGCACGGCCACUCCAAGCUGGUCUGGUGUGCUCUUGUUGGGAAGACCUUCUACUACUACCGGAGCCACGAGGACAAGCGACCCCUGGGCUGCCUGCCGGUGCGAGACGCGCACAUAGAGGAAGUAGACCGGUCCUGCGACUCGGACGAGGACUACGAGGCCGGAGGGACCCGGCGGUUGCUUUCCUCCCACUGCACGCUGGUGAUCCACCCGCCAGAGCACAGCCCCACCUACCUCCUCAUUGGCACCAAGCAUGAAAAGGACACGUGGCUGUACCACCUCACGGUGGCGGCGGGCGGCAGCAGCGUCAAGGUGGGCACCGCCUAUGAGCAGCUCAUUGGGAAACUGAUGGAUGCUGAGGGAGGAGACCCAGACUCCCCCCUCUGGAAGCACCCCAUUCUGUGCUAUAGCAAAGACGGGCUGUACACCUCCCUCACCACCCUGCCCUCCGAGGCCCUGCAGACGGAGGCCCUCAAGCUCUUCAAGUCCUGCCAGCUCUUCAUCAACGUGCCUGUGGAGGCCGCCUCGGUGGAUUACCACGUGUCCCUGGCGCAGACGGUGCUGCAGGUCUGCCUCGUUCACCCGGAACUGCAGAGCGAGAUCUACUGCCAGCUCAUGAAGCAGACCAGCUGCCGCCCGCCUCAGAAGUCCUCCCUCAUGCAGUGCUGGCAGCUCCUGGCUCUGUGUGCCCCGCUUUUCCUGCCUCAGCAGCACUUCCUGUGGUAUGUCAAACAGCAGCUCCAGCGCCACGCGGAUCCCAGAAAUGAAAGCGGCCAGUACGCCACCUACUGCCAGCGGGCAGUGGAGCGGACCCUGCAGGCAGGAGAGCGGGAGGCCCGGCCGUCGCACAUGGAGGUGGUGUCUAUCUUGCUGCGGAACCCCUUCCACCACUCCUUGCCCUUCAGCAUCCCUGUGCACUUCGCCAACGGGACCUACCAGGUGGUCGGUUUUGAUGGCUCCUCCACAGUGGACGAGUUCCUGCAGCGGCUGAACCAGGAGACGGGCAUGAGGAAGCCGUCCCACUCAGGCUUUGCCCUCUUCACAGAUGACCCCUCCGGCAGGGACCUGGAGCACUGCCUGCAGGGGAGGGUCAAGAUCUGUGAUGCCAUCUCCAAGUGGGAACAAGCCCUGAAGGAGCUGCACCCUGGAAAGUCUGAGGGGGGAACACGCAUCGUGAAGCUGCUGUACAAGAACAGGCUGCACUUCCGGAGUCAAGUCAAAGGGGAAACAGAGCGAGAGCGGCUGCUGCUCGCCUAUCAAACCAAUGGCGAGAUAGUGGCUGGGAGGUUUCCGGUCAGCAAGGAACUGGCUCUUGAGAUGGCUGGCCUGAUGGCCCAGAUAGAAUACGGGGACAUGGAGAAGCCUCUCCUGCCAGGCCCGGGGGGCACACCUCCUUCCAAGGCACAGCAUCUCCUCCAGCAGGUCCUAGACAGGUUCUACCCACGGCACUACAGACUCGGCGCCACUCCUGAACAGCUGAGGCUCCUGGCAAAUACACUGGCCACAAGGUGGGCAUCACUGCAAGGCCGUUCCCUGGCAGAGUACACCCGCACCUACCUGACCGUGGCCCGGAAAUGGCCUUUGUUUGGUGCUAAGCUCUUUGCAGCUCAGCCUGCCCAGCUGUCAUCCAAAGAGAGCACUCCAGUGUGGAUUGCUGUGAAUGAAGAUGGUGUCAGCAUCCUGAACCACCACACUAUGCAAGUGCGCGCCACUUACCCCUACUCUUCCGUCACGACCUUCGGCGGCUGCAGGGAUGACUUCAUGCUUGUGAUUAGAUCCAUUCCAGACCAGAGCUCUGGAAAAGGCCACAUUGACAAGCUGAUCUUCAGAAUGGCUGCUCCCAAGAUCGCAGAGGCUACCUUCAUCAUGGCCAGCUACAUGAACCACUGCUCUGCAACUGCAGGCUCACCUCCCAGCCUGCCCGCAGCACACGCGCCAAGGAAGCUGGACGGGUGACAGUUCUGUGCUUCUGCUUCCUGUGCCACCAAGGGGCCAACGCUGCUGUGAAUAUUUGUUACCCUUUCCCCACCAGCACUGGUGCCUCUGGGAUUAGCUUCAUAUCCUAGGGUUUCAUACUACUGUGAUGGGUCUGACAGCCCCCUCCACCCCCACCCAGCUGUUCUCUGACGUGUGCAUUUCAGUGUGUGCAAAACUCUACUCUCUGGGUGCGGUGUGAUAUAUCAGGGCUCAGCCUUUACACAUUCAGACCCAGUGUCAGAACUACUUUGCCUUUUUUUUUUUUUUUAAACAGAAGUACUGACUCUGGAUGCUACCUGGUCCUAGACACAGACAGGGAUGAUCCACUGAUUCUGAGGCCAGCGGUGCUGUACGUGGAGCUUUCUGCACUGAUACCCUCGGGGAGCUAUUUUUUAUAUGGUGUACGGUCCUUAUGUGGGGAUUUAUACUUGAAGUUUCCUGCACAUCUCUGUAUAGGACAGGACAACUCUAACGAAAGUGGAGAGCUUACUAAACCCGGACUUCCUUCCCCACAUAGCAAAGGUGUGGGCAGAGCUGGAGAAAAGGGAUAGAGUAGUUUUUCCCCUUUACUGGUGAGUGGGCACCUGCAGUGACCCUUGGGGGGCAGCAGCUUCAAUCCCUGAGGGACCACGCACUAUGCCUGCUGAGAUUCAAGCUCUCCCUCACGUGGGACUAGAAGCUGACCCCAGAAGCACUCGCUGUCCAGGCACGGACACAGAUAGGUCCAGUCCGACCGCUGCCUGUCUCACCUUAAUGCCCAGACGGGCCUCGGUGAAGGCUGUGCUCCACUGCUGAAGGACAGAUUCAGACCCACUGUCUCCUGGCUCUCAAAGCCUAAGCAAAUGCCCUCUGCUGCUCUGUGAGGCCAGUGAGGAUGAGUGAGGAACACAGAACGACCUCACCCCACCUCAUUCAGGGGCCGGGCAUGCUCCUCCAGGCCUCUGGGGAGCUCCUGCUGGGGAUCAGCGGGGUGCACAGGGCGUGUGAUACCGGCCCCAGCCUAAGAGUACCACAUGAAAGAAGUAGAAAGUUCUUUCACCCUUUGCCUGCUUGAGAACAUCAUAACGCCCCUCAACUCAGGUCUGAGUGAGUGUGGGGGAUGUGAUAUUUCCCCCCACACAAAAACGAAAGAGCUCACGCUCUGAUUUCCCAACAUCUAAGAAAACAGUUUUAGUUCAUAGCUCUAGGGCAGCCUUGCCGUUAGUUCAUGUAGUGCUGAAAACUGCGGGUGUAGCAGGAACACUCAAAAACCAAGCCUUUAACCCCAACAACGUGUGCGGGCUGCACACUGCAAAAUCCGCAAGGUUAGAACUAGCGCAUCCGAACGCCUCGGCUGCUGUCUCGCCCGCUCACCCGACGAGCACCACGCGAAGAGGCACCAGCCCCGGCCUCUUCCAGGUGAACUUGACUUUGCAAGGCGGGGAGCUUUACAGCCAUUCUCUUCCUGCCUUUCCUCCAGGAUCUGGGGUCUAGCUGGGACACUUCUACCUCGAACAAGACACACACCACAUGUACCACUGGCUCCAGGGAUAAAAGGCAGAGACUGUGGCUCUGGUUUGGUAUCCCAAGCAUCUCUUAGGCCAGUAAAUAUAUUGUCUACCUAGGAAGUUUUUAGAAACAGGGUUCCAAAGAAGGAGUAAGAAUGGAGCUGUGUUCAUACUGAAUUUUGGGGUCAGACUGUUUCCUUCGCCGUCUCUCCUUUCUGACCUUUCAGGACUUUGUCUUAGUUUAUUAAUUUUAUACAAAAGAAACUGCCUUACAAAUAAAAGCUUCCAUAGUUUGCUUGUACAUCCUCCUUUAACACGACAGUUCCAUGUCUGUAAACCUAGGUCAAAUUUCUGUCUCAUGUUCUGUCUCAUUCCUCUGGGCCAACGUGUCUUGAAAGAACAGAAAAUGCUGAGUUAAAAAAAGUAUCAUUGUGCUUGAUACCCAUGACUGAAACGCCACAACCAAAUUUGUCGAUAAAAAGCAGCCGUCUGUGAACCAAU